CAUGAAUCCAGAAAAGAAAUUGACACUCAACAAAAUAACAUUAAAUCGACCUCUACAAAAAAUUGGAUUACCACCUAAAAUCACACUCAAUAAGCAACUUGCUUCUAGACCCUAAAGUUCAAAAAUUGAUAUUCAAUCUGUUAAUAUAAAUUGGCUGGUCGACAAUAUAUAAUAAGAAAAGUAUAUUUAUUAAAUCAUUUAAUCUAAGUAAGUUAGAAUGGAUAUAAAAAUGUUACGUCUUUUUUAAAGAUUGGACCUAAAACACAGAAUGCAAUGAUUAAGGCAAAGAAUAGAUAUUAAAAUAGAGUGUUUAAUUAUUAGACUAUAACGAUCUGCAAGUUAGAUUAUAUGCAAUCAAAGCAGCAUUGUUUGGAUUCACUACCUUAAAUUUAUUAGAACUAUUAUUUUAAAAAUAAGCUAAACCACUUCUAAGAAGACCAAAAAGUGGUUCCAAAAUUCAAGAAUAAUUACCCUCCUUACUUUAUCAACCUUAAUAGGUCUUGGCAAUUCUGUAAAAGACUGCUUAAUUAAGUAAUGAGAAUGUAUUCGUAAAUUUAAUUAAUGACAAUUCUUUAAGUUUUGUACUGUUUAGAAUAUUGAAACUCUUCACCCAAUUGCCCAAGGACUAACCCACUACAUUAUAAUAAUUACCUUAUUUGAAUUUAAUUUUCAUUAUCAUUAAAAAUAUUGCCAAUAACCAAAAGGAAGCACAAAAAUUAUUAUAACCCACUUAUAUACAAUUAAUAGAUACUUAUUUACAUACAUUCCCAUUUGAUCAAACCUAUGAGAAGGACUUGCUUAACUUAUAUACUACAAUAACUGCUACUUUGAGGAACUUGGCUAAUGAAAAUAAUAGUGUGGAAAUGUAUCUUUAGAAUGGAAUUAUUAAAAAGUUAGUCAUUAGUAUGGUUAGUUACAGUAACAAUUAUGAAUUGAUAUUAAAUACAUUAAGAAUUAUGUCAAGGAUGUCUUUGAGUAAGGAAUGUUGUGAAUACUUCUUGUAAAGCACUGAAGCUAUGCAAAAUAUUUCAAGUUUCUUUAAAACAUAUUAAACCAAUAUCUACAUCAUCAUCAGAGCUUCCUUUUUAUUAGCUAAUAUGACCACGUAUUUUGAAGGCAUUAGAUAAUUAAUUUACUAUAAAUUCAAUCAAUUUGGUGAUAUUCUCAAAUGCUUUGAUUAUUAUUGGGCUAAAGAAAUUGCUCCAUAAUAAUUAAAUCAAAUUGAUUAAUUCUCAUAAAGUAAAGCAGCCUGGGAUUUCUAAAUAUUACAAUCAGAGUAAUAUUUAAUAAUUUAUUUCAUAGAAAAGAUAUUGAUGCUCUCAUUAGAAUCAUUAGAUUAAUUGCAAAUAUAUUGACUAUUGAAUAAAUUGGAUUGGAUAUCUUAAAGAAUUAUUCAAAUGAAUACAGAAUAUUAAUAUCAAAACUAUUAAAACUAUUACAAAAGAAUACUGCCAUUUCAAAGCAAUAAGUAAGUUUAAGUUUAUAAUUAGGAAAUCAUCUCGUGCACUUUAAGUUGCUUAUCCAAUUUAACAUUUUAUGAGAAGCAAACCUUUUUAAAUGAUUUUGAAUACAAAAAUGUUAAGUUUGAAUUGAUAAACACUCUUGGACACUUCAUCAUUUAAAAUGAAGAUCAAGAAAUUUGUUGUGAUGGACUUAGAGUUUUGUCAAAUUUAUCAAGGUAGAAGGAUCUAAUCAAAUAAAUAAUGAAAUCAAGAAUUUCAGAAGGUGUUAUCGUACUAUUAGAUUCGAAUUCAAGGGAGGUUGUAUACUAUUGCUUAGGUGUAAUUCUCAAUCUAUUAUAGGACUCAGAGUUUAAGUAAAUAUCUGAUUUAUUAUUAGAAAAAAAGAAAACAUUAACAUAAUCGAUUAUAUCACUUAGGUUUUGAAUGAUUGUACUACUAACGAAAAUGAUAUAGCUAAUCUUGGGUUAAAAUGUUUGAUUUUAUUAUUGGACUCAAAUUUGAAUUCAGAAUAUGCAACCAAAAUAGAAAAAGCUGUCCAAUCCUUUGGAAAUGUUUGUGAUUAAGUUUUAAAAGUAAAGGAAAAUAACGAACUCUCCAAUACAAGACAAUUAAUCAAUUAAAUUAUCAAUAAUAUUCCAGAGGAAGGUUUUCCAUGUAUGCAACCGAAUUGUGGGAGAAUACUUAAGACUCAAAAAGAACUAUAAGAUCAUAUUAAUAGAAGACAUAAGUUGUGA